UAAUAAUUUCUCUUUGUCGGGUUGGGUGGGGUCGGGUCGCUCUUCUUCCUAAUCCUAAUUUGCUCUCUCCGUUUCCCUAAUCCCCUCCCCACCACCACCACCACCACCUGAUCUGAAACUCAUAAUAAGAAGAAGAAGAAGAAGAAGAAGAAGAAGAAGAAGAAGAAGAAGAAGAAGAAGGAGAUUGAUUUUUCCGCUACACUUCUUAUCCUCCUCUCUCCCUCCACACGCAGCGGCGCGCGCGCGCACACACACAGAGAGACAACAAUGUCCCCCACUCACCCUCUCUUCCUCCUCCUCCUCCUCCAAACCCUAGUAAUAACAACAACAACAACAACCCUAGCCCUAGCGAGCUCGAGCUCGAGCUCGACGCCGACGCCGACGCCGUGGCCGCGGCAGUUCCACGCGCUGCUGUUCAUGAACUACAGCGGGAAGCUGUCGAUGAUCGACCUGUGGUACGACUGGCCGAACGGGCGCAACUUCAACAUCAUCCAGGAGCAGCUGGGCGGGCCCCCCUUGCGGGACCUGGAGUGGAACAACGGCACCUCCUUCUUCUACACGCUCUCCCCGCCCCUCCGCUGCCGCUCCGCCCAGCUCGACGUCGGCAUCCUCCGCCCCGACUGGCUCGCCGGCGCCGACUACCUCGGCACCCGCUCCGUCGACGGCUUCCUCUGCAACGUCUGGACCAAGGCCGACGGCUUCAUCACCUACUUCGAGGACGUCCUCACCAACCGCCCCGUCCACUGGGUCUUCUACACAGGACGACAAGCUCACGUGAUGACAUUUGAAGUGGGCAAGUAUCUCGAGGACGCCGAGUGGCAGGCCCCUGUUUAUUGCUUUGAUAAGGGGGAGGACGAAGAAGAAGAAGAAGAAGAAGAAGAGAGAGUAGAACAACCACAAUCUAUCGCCUCCGAUGUCUUUGAUCAGAAUCUCAUGCACAAGAGGUCCUUGCGAGGCUUAGUUGGGUCUUAAAACAACUUGCAUCAUCUAUGCUAUGGUUUUCUAAUUCUCGCAUUUGAGGAUGUUUCUAGUACUGCUGUUGUAGCAAUGUAAUGUAAUGAAAUGUGCACGACUGAUCGUGCUGAGUUUGUCUUUUGUAAGCACUAUUUCUUCUUCCGAAAUAAAGCUUUCCUUGUAAAUACUGCAGAACUGUAAUGUUGUUCUAGUUUUGAUGUAUAACAUCAUUCUGUGGCAGAAUUUGAUCUUCUUCUUUC